AUGUACCCGACGUACGACUGCAACCGCCAGUUUUUCGAAAACCAGUUUGCGGAAAAAGGUGUUCCGUCGAAGGCCAGUUUUCCGAAAGCCAAUUCACCGAAAGCCAAUCCACCGAAAGCCAAUUCGCCGAAAGCCAAUCCACCGAAAGCCAAUUCGCCGAAAGCCAAUCCGCCGAAAACCAAUUCGCUGAAAGCCAAUUCACCGAAAGCCAAUCCACCGAAAUCCAAUUCGCCGAAAGCCAAUCCGCUGAAAGUCAAUUCGCCGAAAGCCAAUUCGCUGAAAGCUAGCUGGUCGAAAGCCAGUUUUUCGGGAACCAGUUUGCGGAAAGAGGCGUUCCGUCGAAGGCCAUUUGCGCAAAGAGGCGUUUCGCCGAAAGUCAGUUUGCCGAUAACUAGUUUGUCGAAAGCCACUUCGCCGAAAACAAGUUUGCCGGAAGUCAGUUUGCCAAAAGCCAAUUCGCCGAAAACCGUUUCGUCGAAAGCCAAUUCGCCGAAAACCAAUUCGCUGAAAGCCAAUUCACCGAAAGCCAAUCCACCGAAAGCCAAUUCGCCGAAAGCCAAUUCGCCGAAAGCCAAUUCGCCGAAAGCCAAUCCGCUGAAAGCCAAUUCGCCGAAAGCCAAUUCGCCGAAAGCCAAUUCGCCGAAAGCCAAUUCGCCGAAAGCCAAUUCGCCGAAAGCCAAUUCGCCGAAAGCCAAUUCGCCGAAAGCCAAUUCGCCAAAAGCCGAUUCGCCAAAAACCAAUUCGCCGAAAGCCAAUUCGCCGGAAGCCAAUUCGCCGAAAGCCAAUUCGCCGAAAGCCAAUUCACCGAAAGCCAAUCCACCGAAAGCCAAUUCGCCGAAAGCCAAUCCGCUGAAAGCCAAUUUGCCGAAAGCCAAUUCGCCGAAAGCCAAUUCGCCGAAAACCAAUUCGCCGAAAACCAAUUCGCCGAAAGCCGUUUCGUCGAAUAUCGUUUCGACGAAAGCCAUAUCCAGCUUCAUGGCGGUAGAGUCGGUAGCGGAAGGAGGCUGGAUAAUUUAUUUAUUGAUGCUUGACCUAGACCGCAGCACUGGUCAACGCGCGGUGGCCACGGAUGUCGUUGAUCGGUCAGUGGCGAAUGGCGAUGGCGAAAUUACUCUGAUGGAUGGAGCGGUUUUUCAACGUCAAAGUGCUCCGGUAAGUGCGAAUCAGUGGCCCAUUAAGCCUCAAUAG